AGCUUUCGCAGUCACAGGAUAGCCAUUAUCAACAAACAAGCAGAGUAACAAAAACUCUCCCUCCCAUUCCCCUAAACCUUUCAUUUCGUUCGCCGGACGGUGAUGGCGGUUCGAGCCGUCGGCAGCUGUUCAAUCUUUCGCUCCGCUUCCACUUCCUCUUCGUCCCCUACUCUCUUCGCCUUCCGCUGCUCCCCAUGCCACUUCAGUCGCCGCUUCUCCCAAUUUAGCAUUCGCUUCCCGAUAUUUCGAUCCGAUAAGUUAGUUCCUGGCCAUGGCGGCCUUCAAAGCAGCUCCGUUCACAGCCUCGUCGACAGCGUCAUGGAAGAGCUCGGUGCCUUGCGCCGACGGAGACGAGUUCGCGCUGCCGCCAAGGUGGAGCUGACAAGCAGUGGAGGGAUUGUAGAAGAUAAGCUUGUGAACCGAACGCUGCACCAAGGGUUGCUGCUCGAGUUCAAGAAGGAUUCAGAGAGAGUAUUGCUUGCUGUUGCCCAGAGACCCGAUGGCAAGAAGAAUUGGAUGGUUUCUGAUCAGAAUGGUGUUACAUCAUCCAUUAAACCACAACAAAUCACAUAUAUUGUUCCUGGUGUUGAAAAUUUCGACCACGCAGAGAUUUCAAAGUUUGUUCAGAGAGCUCAGGAAAACUCGGACUCUGCACUUCUAGAAUUUGCUUGGGUUGAACUCCUUGAAAAGAAUAAGCGUGUGACAGCAGAAGAAUUAGCUGAGAUGAUCUUUGGUAGUGUGGAGCCUCUUGAAUGCUACUGUGCUCAUGUGAUGCUUUCAGAAGAUGAAGUAUACUUCACUGUGCUAGAGACAAGAGGUUCUCGCUCUAUAUAUGGACCUCGACCUGCUGUGCAGGUUGAGGAACUUCUCCGUAGGAAGCUCGCAAAGGAGGCAGCUGAGAAAGAACUGCAGGAGUUUGUACAAUUACUGAAAUCUGCUAAGGCAAUGCCUUUAGAUGCUAAACCUCCCAAAUCUUCUUGGAUGGUUGAAGAGAAAAUCAGACAGAAAAUUAAGUCUCUUGAAUCUUAUGCUAUUGAUGCCUGCACAAAUGAUGACCAAAGGAAAACGGCUGGAAUGAUCCUAAGGGCAAUGGGGAUGGUGAAAACAGCAUCAUCAGCUCUAAAUCUCCUCAUAAAUAUUGGGUUUUUUCCUGUACAUGUGAAUCUUGACCUGUUGAAGUUCAAUACCCGUACUGAUCACUCAGAUGAAGUUAUAUCAGCUGCAGAAAGUCUUCUGUCAGAUUCAUAUGAUCCAGAUGAGAUUGAAAGGAAAGAUCUCACUCACUUGAAGGUCUAUGCUAUUGAUGUGGACGAGGCUGAUGAGCUUGAUGAUGCUCUGAGUGCAACGAGGCUGCAAGAUGGACGCAUUAAAAUAUGGAUUCAUGUUGCAGAUGCAACUAGGUUUGUUCAACCCGGGAGCAUAGUAGACAGGGAAGCAAUGAGAAGAGGAACUUCUGUUUUCUUGCCCACUGCCACUUAUCCUAUGUUCCCAGAGAAACUUGCCAUGGAGGGAAUGAGUUUGCAACAAGGAGAGAAUUGCAAUGCAGUUACAGUAUCUGUUGUGCUGCAUUCUGAUGGCAGUAUUGCAGAAUAUUCGGUGGACAACUCAAUCAUUAGACCAACUUACAUGUUGACGUAUGAGAGUGCAUCGGAGCUUCUUCAUUUAAACCUGGAAGAAGAGACUGAACUGAAAAUCCUGUCUGAGGCUGCAACUCUCCGUUCAAUAUGGCGUCGCCAACAGGGUGCAAUUGACACAGCCACAUUGGAAGCACGUAUCAAAGUGGUUAAUCCAGAGGAUCCAGAGCCUAUUAUUAAUCUGUAUGUUGAAAACCAGGCAGACCCUGCAAUGCGACUUGUCACCGAGAUGAUGAUACUCUGUGGAGAAGUUGUGGCCACAUUUGGUUCUAGCAAUAACAUUCCUUUACCCUACAGAGGACAGCCCCAAUCCAACAUCGACACAUCUGCAUUUGCACAUCUUCCGGAAGGACCUGUUAGAAGCUCUGCUCUUGUUAAACUAAUGCGUGCUGCUGAAAUUGAUUUCAGGAAACCUAUACGCCAUGGAAUUUUAGGACUUCCGGGUUAUGUUCAGUUUACAUCUCCCAUCCGUAGAUAUAUGGAUUUACUAGCUCACUAUCAGGUUAAAGCAUUUCUCAUCAGGAAAUCUCCUCCUUUCUCAGCUGGUCAGUUGGAAGGGAUGGCAUCUAUAGUGAAUAUGAAUGCUAGAGUAGCAAAGAAGCUCUUUAGCAGCAGUCUUCGGUAUUGGAUAUUAGAAUUUCUGAGAAGGCAGUCAAAAGAAAAAAGAUAUCGUGCGUUGAUUCUUAGAUUCAUUAAGGAUCGGAUUGCAGCCAUAUUGUUAGUUGAGGUGGGACUUCAAUCUUCCGUGUGGGUAUCUGUGGGAGCAGAUGUUGGAGAUGAAGUUCUAGUUCGGGUAGAAGAAGCUCAUCCACGUGAUGAUGUGCUUUUCCUUAAAGAGAUUGUCAUUGAGAGAUAAAGAUAGAUUCGUUUAACUGGAUCUUGUCAUUAAGAGACAUUUUGUUGCGGGUAUGACAAUGAUCUCUAUGGAAUAUUUACCACCACGUCAUAUUGUCUGCAACCUUCGGGAACCUGAAAGCAAAGCUCACAGAGUCAUAAUUCAAAUUAGAUCAAAUAUCAGUGAGGAAUUAUUGUAAGUAUUGUCGCCUGCAGCAUUUGAUUCCCGAGCUGUAUUGCAUGUCAAAUACGAGGAAUAGGAAUUGCUUCAAGACCUUCGCUCCAGUUGUGGCCUUCACUCCACUUGUUUUUCUGUGGACUAUUUGGCAUCCAAGUUGUUCCGUCUUUAUUGCUCAAUAUGGUGCUGAAAUGGUAGGUCACACCAUUUCAAGGGGGUUUGUGUAUUUCCAAUAGCAAAUUUUGGUGAAUUUUAGAAGUUAGCAUUUGUAUAUCAUGUGUUCAAUCAGAAACUAUCUCGCGGACUAAAUCAGGUACCGAACCUCGUGACAUGUUAACAUGAAAAAUGAUUAGUAAACAAGGGAAUUUUCACUUUGUGGAAUAUGAAUCGGAAGUUUUGAAAAUGAGCAGGGCAGACACAAUUAUGUAAAUUUGAAUAGAUGAAAUGCUGAGAAAUUUUGACAUACUUUCGGAUCCUUGUAAUAUUGAAUGCCGAAAAAGUGGUGCACUGUAUUGUUUGUGGAAUGGUGAUGAAUUGUCAAUUUGCAAA